GCGGGCGGGGCCGCCACGCCGCUGUCGCCCACGCGCCUGUCGCGGCUGCAGGAGAAGGAAGAGCUGCGGGAGCUCAACGACCGCCUGGCCGUCUACAUCGACCGCGUCCGCGCCCUCGAGCUGGAGAACGACCGGCUGCUGCUCAAGAUCUCGGAGAAGGAGGAGGUGACCACGCGCGAGGUGAGCGGCAUCAAGGCGCUGUACGAGUCGGAGUUGGCCGAUGCCCGGCGGGUGCUGGACGAGACGGCCCGCGAGCGCGCCCGCCUGCAGAUCGAGAUCGGCAAAGCGAGAGCCGAGCUGGAGGAGGCCGACAAGAGCGCCAAGAAGAGGGAAGGAGAGCUCACGGUGGCCCAGGGCCGCGUGAAGGACCUGGAGUCUCAGUUCCACCGCAGCGAGGCCGAGCUGGCCGCUGCCCUCAGUGACAAGCGCAGCCUGGAGAGCGAUGUGGCGGAGCUGCGGGCGCAGCUGGCCAAGGCCGAGGAUGGUCACGCAGUGGCCAAAAAGCAGCUGGAGAAAGAGACGCUGAUGCGCGUGGACCUGGAGAACCGCUGCCAGAGCCUGCAGGAGGAGCUGGACUUCCGCAAGAGCGUGUUCGAGGAGGAGGUGCGAGAGACGCGGCGGCGGCAUGAGCGGCGCCUGGUGGAGGUGGACAGCGGGCGGCAGCAGGAGUUCGACUCCAAGCUGGCCCGGGCGCUCGAGGAGCUGCGCGGCCAGCACGACCAGCAAGUGCAGCUUUACCGCCAGGAGCUGGAGCAGACCUACCAGGCCAAGCUGGACAACGCCAAGCUGAGCUCGGACCAGAACGACAAGGCGGCCAGCGCCGCACGGGAGGAGCUCCAGGAGGCGCGCAUGCGCGUGGAGUCCCUCAGCUACCAGCUCUCGAGCCUGCAGAAGCAGGCCAGCGCAGCCGAGGACCGCAUCCGGGAGCUGGAGAGCUCCCUGGCCAGCGAGCGCGAUAAGUUCCGCAAGAUGCUGGAUGCCAAGGAGCAGGAGAUGACGGAGAUGCGGGACGUGAUGCAGCAGCAGCUAGCCGAGUACCAGGAGCUGCUGGAUGUGAAGCUGGCCCUGGACAUGGAGAUUGCCGCCUACCGCAAGCUGCUGGAGGGCGAGGAGGAGAGGCUGAAGCUGUCCCCCAGCCCGUCCUCCCGGGUCACCAUCUCACGGGCCACGUCGAGCAGCAGCAGCAGCAGCGCGUCCGUGGUGGGCCGGUCGGGCCGCAGCAAGCGCCGGCGGCUGGAGGUGGAGGAGUCCCCAGGCAGCGCCUCCAGCGGCAUCGGCUCAGGCAGCAGCAGCAGCAGCGGCAGCUUCCGCUUGGCCCAGCAGGCCUCUGCCGUGGGCAGCGUGAGCAUUGAGGAGGUGGACCUGGAGGGCAGGUUCGUGCAGCUCAAGAACAACUCGGACAAGGACCAGUCCCUAGGGAACUGGAGGAUCAAGAGGCAGGUCCUUGAGGGCGAUGAGAUUGCCUACAAAUUCACACCCAAGUACGUCCUGCGGGCUGGCCAGACCGUCACGGUGUGGGCAGCCGGUGCAGGGGUGGCCCAUAGCCCCCCAUCGACGCUGGUGUGGAAGAGCCAGAACAGCUGGGGCUCCGGUGAGAGCUUCCGAACCAUCCUGGUCAACUCCGACGGAGAGGAGGUAGCUGUGCGAGCUGUGAAGCAGUCCUCCCCCGUGGCCAGGGAGAAUGAGAACGGCGAGGAGGAGGUGGAAGCGGAGUUUGGAGAGGAGGACCUGUUCCACCAGCAGGGGGACCCGAGGACCACAUCCAGGGGCUGCUACGUCAUGUGAGCUGCUCGCCAGCCCUCGGCCUUCCCAGAGCUACUGAAGAGUAUUUUUUUAUGGUUGGCUUCCCUUAGUCCUUGGUACAUUUCUAGACAAUUUCUAAGCAAACUGCCAGAAGGUGGCGCUGGCUCUGCUGUGCUUCCUGUAUCCCUCGAUCCCUACAUCCCCACUGUCCACUGUCCAGGAGACUUGUCCCUCCCAUCCACCAAGGCACGGCCAGUGGGGUGCUGCAGCAGCCCCCCCUCCUGGGCCUCACUGCCUGUGUGUGGAGGGCGGGCGUCAGCUAGGAGCAGCAGGUGGGGCCCCUUGGGUCUUGAGGUGGAUAGUGGGAAACUAGUUGGGAUUUGGUAGAUGUGGGUAUUA